AUUUCCAGUGCUUGACAUCAUACUCAAGUCGUGACUUGAGCAUUGAGUAGAGUUCUGGAAGUUUGUGUUGUCAAUUUUGACAGCUGUAAAUCUGCGAAUGCAUGUAGGAAAACGUGAAAUUAAUUCGCGAACUACGAAUAGUCUCUUCUACUAAAAAGCAAAGUAAUUGUAAAAUUAUUAGUUUCAGUAUUCACGAUCGGUACAAAAUAAAUAUGGACAACUACGACAAUGUUCCUAAAGUGCCGUUCGAUCCAGGUUGGAACGAUCCCCCGACAUUCUCUUACAACACGCAACAGUCUACACCAAACAGGCCGCGCAAUUUUCUAAACAAAAGGGUGGCUUUUCCAUUGUCAGGCAACAACCCAAAUCCGGGAUGUUUGCCUAACAUCAAUCUGCCGAAAAUGCCUUCAGUGCCUCCGAUACCUCCGCCUAGUGCCCCUAAACACAAUUCAUGUGAAGAUAUAGACUUAGAUGAUGAAAGGACACUCACUGAAGUAAAGAGCAUACUGCUAAAGUUUUUAGAAGACACUCCUGAAUUAGGCCCGAAGGCGAAUGACAUUAGGAAAAGAGUAAAUGUAAUGGAGGAGAUGUGGUCAAAUAAGAAAUUGAACAAGAGAGUACAUAUACAAAUGAAGCAACUAGCUGAAGCUCUAAAAGACAACCAGCCAAGCAUAGCAGAUGAUAUCCAUAGAGCCUUGAUGGUGGAUCAUGUCAGUGUCGUUGGAACUUGGAUGCCCGGAGUCAAACAGCUGGUGCACCAUUGCGUGGCGCGAGCUGAACUGUUGGCUAUUGAUAAGGAAUAAUUUUUUUCAAAACUGGUAAAUCUUUUAUAAUGAAUUUAUUGAAUAACAAGCAUCAAGAAAAAGACCAUUGUAUUCUACUAAAAAAUUACCUAUAUACAUUUUACAUAUUUAACCCAUUACACAUCCUAGACUCAUGCAGUGUCCUUAAAAAUUUUUCAAAAUGGUGGAUGAAAACAGCUGGGUGUUAGAGACACUAUGUGGAUCUAGAAUGCUACUGAACCAAAAUUUGUAGGGACACCGUAUCUCUCAGAUACGUGAUGGGUCAAUGAGCUGAAUAAUUUAGAUAAAAGUCUCACAACUCUUGCUAAGCCAAUUUAAACUUUAAGUGAACACAAAAGGAAUUGUAGAUAAGGUGCUUUCUAUUACAAGUAAGAAUAAGAAUAUGUUUAUUGGCAUCACAAACACACAAAUACUUUACAUAUAAUAUAAACACUA